AUGUCACUCGUUAACCUGUCCAGGACGGGGCUGGCCCUCCUUGUCGCGGCCGCCACCUUUGCCGGCCCCGUCAACGGCCGCCCCAGCUAUGACUACUCUGAUGCGGCAUCCACCGACGUUGCCGAUGCGGCAGCCGCCGACGUCCAGGCGGCGCCGGCCAAGAUAUCCACGGGCUACUUUGCCGGCUACCACGCCAAGCGCAAGGGCAUCAACUUCGGGGUGGACAAGAUCCAGUGGGACAAGUACGUGGACGUCAAGUACGCGUUCGCCGAGACGACGGCGGACGGCAGCCUGAACCUGAGCAGCUCGGCGCCCGAGGAGCUGCCCAAGUUCGUGGAGGCGGCGCACGCGCGCAAGGUCAAGGCGCAGGUGGCGGUGGGCGGCUGGGCGGGCAGCAUCCACUUCAGCAGCAACGUGGGCAGCGCCGAGAACCGCACGGCGUUCGUCAAGACGUGCCUGGACCUGGUGCAAAAGUACAACCUCGACGGCCUCGACUUUGACUGGGAGUACCCCAACAAGCAGGGCCUGGGCUGCAACGCCAUCAGCGCCGACGACACGGCCAACUUCAUCUCGUUCCUGACGGAGCUGCGCAAGGCGGAGCCCAAGCCGCUGCUGCUGACGGCCGCCGUGAGCCUGUACCCGUACAACGACGCGGCCGGCAAGCAGAGCACCAACGGCGCCCUCAAGCGCAUGGGCGAGCUGCUCGACUACAGCAUCGUCAUGGGCUACGACGUCUUUGGCGCCUGGGCCCCCACCGGCGGGCCCAACGCCCCGCUGGAGCAGUCGUGCGACGCCCGCAACAACCAGGGCGGCAUCAAGGAGGGCAUCGCCAAGUGGAUCGACGCCGGCAUCCCCGCCGAGAAGCUGGUCCUGGGCGUCGGAGCCUACGGCCACGGCUUCGUCGUCAACCCGACCGACGCCUUUGCCGCCACCACCACCGGCGCCGCCCAGGCCCUCAGCGCCUACCCCAAGAACAACGGCACCCGCCGCCAGGGCAGCAGCUGGGACGACGAUGCCGCCGUCGACGCCUGCGGAAACGCCCAGCCCCCGAGCGGCACCUUUACCUUUUGGAGCAUGGUCACCGAGGGCAAGUUCCUGGACGAGACCGGCAAGCCCCGCGCUGGCAUUGCGUCGGGAUACGACGAAUGCAGCCAGACGCCCUUCCUCUACGACAACUCGACCAGCUGGUGGGUCUCGUACGACGACGCCAAGUCCCUCUCCGCCAAGGGCAAGUACAUUACCGACAACAAGCUCGCCGGCUUCUCGGUAUGGGAGCUGGGUGGUGACUACAAGGACAUUGUGGUCAAUGCCAUGCGCACAUCUGUUGGGCUCAAGGCUUAG